GAAACCUCAAAAACCCAACUCCUCCGCCGGCCAUUGCUAGCUACGCCUCUCUCCGGCAAGCUAAGCCUCGCAGACAAAGAAAGAGAAGAAGCUCAAGCUACGCGAUGGGGCGGUCGCCGUGCUGCGACGGGGAGGCGGGCGUGAAGAAGGGCCCGUGGACGCCCGAGGAGGACAAGCUGCUGGUGGACUACAUCCAGGAGAAGGGCCACGGCAGCUGGCGCCGCCUGCCCAAGCUCGCCGGCCUCAACCGCUGCGGCAAGAGCUGCCGCCUCCGCUGGACCAACUACCUCCGCCCCGACAUCAAGCGCGGCCGCUUCACCGAAGACGAGGAGAAGCUCAUCAUCCACCUCCACUCCCUCCUCGGCAACAAGUGGUCGUCGAUUGCUACGAAGCUGCCGGGGAGGACGGACAACGAGAUCAAGAACUACUGGAACACGCACCUGCGCAAGAAGCUGCUCGGCAUGGGCAUCGACCCCGUCACGCACCGCCCGCGCACCGACCUCAGCCUGCUCGCCGGGCUCCCGGGCCUCCUCGCGGCAGCCGGUAACUUCGGCGGCGCCGGCUCGGCCACGGGCGCUUGGGACAUGAACGCGCUCAGGCUGCAGGCCGACGCCGCCAAGUUCCAGCUGCUUCAGGGGCUCGUGCGCGCGCUCACCACCGCCGCCGUGCCCGCGCUCGCGCCCGGCAUGGACAACCUCAUGGCACUCCUCGCCGCCAGUAACGGCGGGCAGAACGGCGCCGGCGGAGUCGACCAGAGCAUGCUGCUGCAGCAGUGCCAGUGGGACGGCAUGAAUAACCUACCGGCGCUGACCAACUCCGCGCCGGCGAGCGGCAUGCACAACAUCAGCGGCAUGUUCGACAGCUUCGGCGCCGGGGACGGGCUGAGCUCGACGGAGCUCGGGUGCCACGGCGGGGCGAGCGGGAGCAACGUGACCGUGGACGCGGUGGCGCCACCGCGCCCAAUGGUGGCCAACGACCGGGACUGCAACAACAAUGGCGGCGGCGGUGUGUCGUGCGAGCAGACGCCGGCGUCGAGCCCGUUCGACGGGCUGGAGAGCCUGAACCUGAUGGAUGACCUCAACACGGACGGUAGCUGGAAGGAUUUGCUAGACCAAAUGUCAUGGCUGAACUCAAGUGAGCUGUGAUGGGUAGAUAGAAGAGAUAUGAUCAAGGAUGCCAAAAAUAAUCAGGAGGAGACUGAGACUAUUAAUUCUUGGAUUGGAUGCACUUCGGUCGAUCAAUACCGAAGAUGUGAAGUUUGUUUGUUGAUAGGGGGGCAAAGGUGGUUUAGUCCACACUUUUAGUCAUGUACAAAAAAGAACAGAAGGACAUAUACAUAUAUGUACACACUCACAGCAAUUAAUGUUCAUUUUUGUUUAAUUAGUUUCUUUGUUGUUUCCUUUUUUUAUGAGGUGGGGAAUAUAUGUAAUAACUAGCUUGUGACAUAAAUUGAA